ACAAAAACGCUCUCUCGUAAAGAAUCAUUUUAUGAUUCCUAAUUCACUUUGACUAAAUCUGACCUUGUAGUCAGAGGAUAGCAGUUUUUCUUCAUACCACUUCAAACUGAUCGAAUCUCAUGUCACAAUGCCUGCUGUGUUGUUGGUGGCUAUAAACAUUAUAAUGAAUCUUUAAAUCAUGUGCAAUCUCCAGUUAGUUCCUGAGAAGUGUGGUUUGCCAUUUGAAACAUCUCCAGCAUAAUAACCAUCACUCAAUCCUCUCUUAUCCUUAUCCUUCCAUUUAUUAUUCUCAUUUCACCUGUUGUUAAAAUGUGAUUAUUCUUGGCGGUCAUGCUAUCCUAAAUAGCAUUAAAAAAAUAGGGAAUAUAAAAAUGUUAAUCGCUUGAUUCAUUGAAUGACUUGACCAUGCUUAAUUUAUUGCAUUGGAAAAUUGCCAUCUACUGAAGCAGCUAAUCAAUUAAGACAAUACAUUGAUAAUCAGACGUGACGGAACAAAUGCAUUAUGAUCUCACAUCUAAUUACAAAUUGUUGAUGGUUUAGUUACUCCCUCAUAUCGCAUUCAUUUUCCAGCCUUGAACCUUUGUCAAAAACCAAAGGAUUUGCAGAUUAUGCGUUUGGUAUCUUCUUUCUUAUUGUGUAAAAGGUGUUUCACAUUGUGAAAAAUGUCUACCACACCAGAAAGUCCCUCUCAUGCACCAUGCAAGGCCAGCACUGUUGCUGCUUAUGGGUUUCUCUUUGCACUUCAAAAACAAAGAGACAUCAUCCGUCCAUGUAAACGGGUCCUCUUCUGUCCUUUCCGUGAAACCCUGAAUUCUUUGUAGUACAAGACAAGAUGCUUCUUCAAAGAGCCAUACUACUUUGUGAGAAAGUGUUUCUUUCAGAUUGUAUCUGCAAAAAUUGACGUGACCUUUAGCAUUACACCCCAUUCACACGGGGCCUCGGCGUCAACGACUCUCGUUUACUUUGAAUGGAGUGACGUCAAGCGUUGCCGAACUGAAUUGUGGGUCCGUUGCGUCGCGUCGGGUCCUUUGCUCGCAGCAGAAGUUGAAAACUUUUCAACUUUUCAUGCGCCAACGCAGGCGUCAGCCAAUCAGAUCGCCUUAUGCAAAUACCCUGGUGCAGACGCUAGCCAAUUGCGAUCAUGCAACACCAGAAAACUAAUGUGAUUGGUUGUUGUCACUAUGACGGUCGCACCAGCACCAAGCUUCAGAAAUGCCCUCCAUCAAGCACCGACGCCCCAUGUGAAUGUACCAUUAAACUUUUGAACGAGAUGUUUGCACCUCCUGUGGCUAAUGGGAAGAACAGACCAACCACACUUGCUAGCAGUCAAUUUAGUGGUUCAGGUAUGGAAGAACGUAGUAUUCCCUGGGCUGCUGGAGAGCAGAACAGUCCCUCUUUUAACCAGAACUAUGGAGAAGGCUCACACUACAAUCAACACGAUGGACUAUCUUCCCCAUUCCUUGGCACAGGAAUUAGUGGAAAGAAUGAAAGGGGUCCUUACUCUUCCUUUGGGGGCCAGCCAGGGUUCCUGCCCUCAGACAUCACUAUGCCUUCUGCAGAUGCCAUGUCUCCAUCCGGACUGAAGUCUGGCUCACAGUUUUACCAGUCAUACCCCAACAACCCCCGGAGACGCCCCUCAGAUGGAAGCAUGGAUCCCCAACCAAAAAAAAUCAGGAAGCCGCCAGGACUACCAUCUUCAGUUUAUGCCGCCACCUCUGGUGAUGACUAUAUCCGGGAUGGUGCUGCCUACCCAGGCUCCAAACCUGGCUCUGUGUACCCAGGAUCUUUUUACAUGCAAGAGGGCCUACACUCCUCUUCGGACCCCUGGCCCCCCUCUGGAUCCAUAGGCCAGUCGGGAUACACGGCUAUGCUGGGGAAUUCGCCACACAUCAGUCAGCCAGGCUCCUUCUCUGCGAUGAACCCACAAGACAGAAUGAACUAUCCCUUGCAUGGAGCGGACGUGAAUGGUUUCCAUUCGGGCUCCGCGGGUUAUAGCCACACAUCCUCCAUGAAUGGAUCCGACAGCAUUUUGGCAAGCAGAGGUUCAGUCACAAGCAGCUCAGGUGAUGAGAUCGGAAAAGCUCUUGCUUCGAUCUAUCCUUCAGACCACAACAGCAACAACUUCUCCACUCCUUCCACUCCUGUGGGCUCCCCUCAGGGCAUUGCAACAGGUGCAGCACAGUGGUCGAGAGCUUCUGGCCAGGCUGCUCUGUCUCCUAACUAUGAGGGUGGACUACAUGCACUGCAGAACAAAAUGGAAGACCGGUUGGAGGAGGCCAUUCAUGUGCUGCGAAGUCAUGCGGUAGGUCAGGCCCCGGGAAUUCCUGGAGCACAUGCUGACGUGCACGGCCUACUGGGUGCCGUCUCCACACCCAGUGGAUCUAUGAGGGGUCUCCCUCAGGCCUACUCCAACCCAGGACUGCCUCUGAGCAACAGACACCCUGCCAUGGCUGGAAGCCAUCAUGAUGACCAUGCCUGCCUUCCUCCCAGCAGCACCCUGUUGCAGUCCGUUAAUGCUUCAGGCACCCCACAGCCUGGAGGAGCACCAGAGGGUUUUAGCAGUUUGCCCGGAGGCUUGGCCCACGCCACACAUUCGUCAAACAAAUCUGACGUCAAGAGGGAAGACAAGGAGGAAGAUGAGAACUCCUCUGUGGCCGAUAAGUCUGAGGAAGAGAAGAAGGAAAGUAAACCGUCUCGCACCAGAACAAGAAAGGAGGUGUUUACCCAUCAAGUCCUUUCAGGUGUAUCAGACCAGGGAGAAGAUCAAGACAAUGAAGAUGAUGAGGAUUUGCCGCCAGAGUUAAAGGUCGAGCGGGAGAAAGAGCGGCGAGUGACCAACAACGCACGAGAGCGACUGCGUGUGCGUGACAUCAAUGGGGCCUUUAAAGAGUUGGGCCGCAUGUGCCAGCUGCACCUGAGCAACGAUAAACCCCAGACCAAACUGCUCAUUCUGCACCAGGCCGUCAACGUGAUCCUAAACCUGGAGCAACAAGUCCGUGAACGCAACCUGAACCCAAAAGCGGCAUGUCUGAAGCGACGUGAAGAGGAGAAAGUGUCCGGGGUGGCUGGAGACACUCAAAUGCAGCUGUCCGGACCGCAUCCAGGACUGGGAGGAGAUGGACGCAUGUGAUCAUGUGAUCCAGUGAAAUGUCUUGGGGCUCCUGGAAGAAGUGACCUUGAAUCUCUUCCACCGUUCUCAUCCUCUCUGUGUGCAUCUAGUGACUUGGAAAGCAUAUCAUCCACGAAAUCAGAGAUGCACCCUCCAAACCUUUUUGGACACACGAAUCGACCCACCAAAACUGACACAGCAGAUUUUGUCCGUGAUCACUCUAGACCGUAAUUACCAGCACAAAUGUGAAGAACUCUUUCUCAAGUCAUUUUGUAUUUUUCUGCUUCCUUAAAACAAUGGAUCAUAGGAAUAGACAUGUUCUGACCACAACGGACGUUUUUAUUUUCCACUGCAGAAAGAGUUUUGAACGAGAGACGAGACGGAUGUCAAUUUAAUCAUGGAUCUGUGCCUAAUUGUUACGUUUUAUAAAAGACGCAAACUGCUUACUUGUAUGGAACAAAACAAGUUUGGGAGUUGGUUGUAUAUGAGGAUUUUUUUUUUUUCUUUUCAAAUGUGGUUUGUCAUUCCUUACUGAAAGGUACAGUCUUACAUGCGUUGUGUAACCAAACCCCAUGAGAAGUGGGGUGAACCUGUGGUGCUUUUGAGGAUGGCAUAUCCCAGCAUGCCACUGCUCUGUGGGCCAGGGCUCUUCUUGAAAGUGAGAAAAGCACACGGGCCAUCGCAGCUCUCCAGACUGUUUCAUUUUUUUUGGAAACAUCACACAUCAUCAGCUCUCACGAUGCCAUUGACUAGUUCAGCCAAUCGGAAGAACCCGCAUCAUAAAGGAGCGUGAGCUUCUGUUACUAUGACAACAAUUGCCUGGAUUCCAUUGCGUUCCCAGGCACGAAAUUGCCAAGUUGAUCUUUCACUUCUUUAUUUUUAUUAUUUUUCCCCGCCAGAACAUGUUCAUCACUCGCUCGCAUCGAUUCAUUGUUGCCAAAAGUCUGAAAGCGUACACAUGUCCACCUCAAACAUAUGUAAUGGAUAUUAUUUCAAUUUGAAGGGGAAAAAAAAGAAUAUUUAUAAAUAUAUAUUUUUCUUAGUCUAUAUACAUUGUAGAUUUCUAAAUAACAAAAACAUAUUAGUUUGAAAUGUAGAGUAUAUAGCGCAAGCGAACGCUCAGAGUCGCGUCGUACGAUUUAAAAAAA